AUGUACACUUUUAACUCUAUUUUUGACUCCUGCACAGUGCGCUAUGGGCCUUUACUGCGGGCUCCCGCAGAGAAAGAAAUGGAGACAGACACGUGCCCUCCUUCAUCAGUCAACUGUGAUGGAAAGAGAGAUUGUUCUCAAGGCAGUGAUGAAUCUCGCUGUGUGCGGUUUGGUACUGCAAAUGAAUUGCAGGUCAUGACUUCUAAGACCAAAAGCUUCCUCCCAGUCUGUGCAGAGGGCUGGGAUAAAAACAUAGCAGAUCAAACCUGCCAACAGCUUGGCUUCAGACAGAGUUAUGAAGUUGGUGUCUUGAAUACCAGUUCAUCCGCCUUUCAAAGUUUGAACAGUCAGUUUACAAACACUAUCCAGGAAAGUGUUAAUACAAGUACAUCCUGUCCUGGUCAGCAGACAGUGUCCCUGCAGUGCAGCAAGUGUGGAAAGCCACCAGGAUUGAGGAUCAUAGGGGGCAGAGCGGCUGCUGACGGUCAGUGGCCAUGGCAGGCCAGUUUGCAUUUCCAAGGGUCUCACUCAUGUGGAGGAACUCUAGUGGCUCCAGACUUCAUCAUUACCGCUGCUCACUGCUUCCCCAAAGGAACACCCGGCUCACAGUUGCCUAGUAACUGGAGAGUGUAUAUUGGUUUGGUGUCCCAGCUCCAGCUUACCAGCCCAUAUAAUGUAAAGCAAAUCAUUUUACAUCAGAAUUAUGACCCAGCGACAAAAAACUAUGAUAUUGCCUUACUGAAACUUAGUAAACCUGCCAGUAAUAUACAGCCUGUGUGCCUGCCUGUGUUUGGCCAGGCGUUUCCUGCUGCCAAACAGUGCUGGACCACAGGCUUCGGAGUUACCAAGCAAGGGGCUGACAGCAUUUCCACUCUUUUGAUGGAGGUUGCAGUAAACCUGAUAGACUCAGCUGUGUGUAACUCAUUUAGUGUUUACAGAGGCCGGAUCACUGAGAAUAUGCAGUGUGCAGGAGAUCUUAGUGGAGAGAGAGACUCCUGUCAGGGGGACAGUGGAGGUCCACUGGUGUGUAAAGUUGAUGACAAAUGGUAUCUCACAGGCGUAACAAGCUGGGGAGAUGGCUGUGGAAAGCCAAACCGUCCAGGGGUCUACAGUGAUGUAGGGCAACUUUUAAUGUGGAUAUAUGGCAAGAUGCAGGUAAACACAUUUUUCCAUUUUAACAUGCAAACACACAUAAUAUUGUUUGUCAUGAGUUAACAUACUUAUACAAACAGUCUCUUACCAUUCUCUUUUUUCUAUCCUUGUGUCUUUCUGGCUCUGUUUUUUCAAUUACAGCUAGCGCGACCAUGACCUACUAACAACAAUGAAGAACAAAUCUUGACAUUUUUCUCUGUUGUGUAAAAAUUUUAUGUAAUGAAAUAAGAUUUCUCAAUUUUUAAAAUGACAGAGCACACAGUGAGAUGCACUUUUGCAGUAAAUAUUAGAUUUAUGUAAAAUUUUGAAUUCAUUAUUUAAAUAAGGAUGAUGUAAAUGUGUCUGUAAAAUCUUUUAUUUUGGGAAUACUAACGUUCUUCAAUAAAAACAUGGAUUACAUUACUGAA